AUUCCAGUCGAUCGUGAAGAGUAGAGGUGUCAUCUUGUUCGCUGUAUGAGCCUUUGUCCACCGAUCGGCAACCCUUCACGGGGUCAUUAACUGUUGAUAACUACUGCGGCAUCUCUUUCAAGCGAUGAAGUUCGCCGCAGCUCUGACGGCGCUCUUGUCGCUAAGCUUCAUUGCGCAAGUAUUCGGCGGUUACUUCAUAGAGAUCGCUGGGGAAAACCCUAAAGAGGCGGGCAAAUUCAAAGGUGCGAAACAACGUAUAGAUGCGGAGCAGCCUGGCGCAGACAAUGACGAUGCGCAAUCCUGUAAAAGUACCACAGAAGGCAAGUUAUCCGGCCUGACGGGUGGACUGUAUAAAUGUUCAACUACCGCGAUACAACCAAAGGUCAUCUCUGUCACGGUUGCGAUGAAGGGUGAAGGAAUGAAGGAUGAUGAAGUACGGGAUAUGAUAGUCCAACGCACCGUCAAUGAAGAAGUACGUUGCGUAACGGCUCCGAAGGAUCGGCAUUAUUCCUUUUUGGAGCAGGCCUACCACGGGGCGAGCUUCUUCAUGAUUUCAGGCGCACGGCUAAAAGACAACCAAAUUCUGACCUUUAACGCAAAACAGGUGACAAAGCUCCCCGCGGUGAUGAUGAUUGGAUUUGCGCAGCAACACCCAGACUCCCCAGGAUUCUUGCAAGAAGAUACCUGUACCACGCGUAACGAAAUAGCAACUGCCCCAGUGUUCGAGCCAUAUCUCCCUAGAACCAAAGAGGAGGUCGCGGCACUAACAGGAUUAUUCUGCUGCAACGACCCUUUGCUUUGUUUCGGCGACAAGAGAGCCGAUGAGAGGGUAAAGAUUAUGAAAUCUGUAAACAUUGUUAUCGAUAAUAUCUCGACAAAAAUGAAAGAAAAAGAUUAUCUGAGGACUCCAAUAUCAUCCAAAUCGCUUCAGCGUUCGGGAUCGCUUCAGAAGUCGGGAUCGCUUCAGAAGCCGGAAUCACCAAAAAGAUUUGAUUCGGGUAGAAAGUCAAUCAAGAAGUCAGAGUCAAGGAACGACGACGAGGUCAAGUUGACAGCAACGUCAUCUAUGAGAAGCAUAUUCAAAUGGAAAUCGAGGUCGUGGUCGUUCAGCCAAUUGUUACCGGGAAUAACAUCGAGAUCACAGUCCGGGAGAAAGUCGGGAUCACAGUCCGGGAGAGUGUCGGGAUCACAGUCGGGGAGAUGGUCAGGCCCGCCAUCGGGCACGCAGUCACCAAACUUGUCGCGUAGCGCCUCAAUGGAUUCGACUUAUAAAAACAUCGCGUUAGACACAGAGGAAUCGGCCGCGGCAACGCUAAGUCCGGGGAAGCAGAGUGAAGAUGCGGAGCAACUACGAAGAGAAGAAGAGAGGCAAAACCUACACAUCCUCAUCAAGAUCAUGCUCAACUCCGUCAUCGAUCCUUGUUACAUCUUAUACCUUAAGGGAGGAAAAGGAAGACUGUCGAAUGAAACAAUAAAAUUAAUCGAAAAAAACUGCAAGCUACAAUGCACCCUCAUGGCCAGAGCAGCAGAGAUUGGUAAUGGAUCGUAUGGGAAGAGAGGUUGCGACCGCAUAGCACUCUACCGAGGCAACUGUGAUUCUGCCGUUAAAGCGUGCUUAUGCCAUGUGAUAGAGAAAGAGGCGAAAACUGUCAGAGAAAGAGCAAAGGAAAAGGUGGGUAAAAUGAUUAAUAUGUUUACCCCUUUGAAAAUGACGUACUGCAACAAUCAAGUGAGAAACCACUUGGCUCCGAUCUCGCAAUGCACGUGAUAGCCUGAUCAUAUACGAUUUUCGUCAAUGUCUAUAACUGUGAAGUUGUCAGUAUAAACUGGUAUGAUGUCACGAUUAGACCGUUUUCGUGAAUAAUACGAGUAGAAUAUUCAUGACCCUGACUUCUCAUCACUUCCGUCAUAUACUCAAUGUUCGACCUAUGGACAUUGAUGACAAAUGUAAUUAGAACCAAUAGAGAAUUCACGAGGGUUAUCGAGAAAAACAGGUAUCCUGCAAAACUUCUCGCAAACCGUGAAUAAUGGGAAAAUCUCAAUAGCGUCGUUUGUUUUAUCAUAUUAAGUAUACUAAAUUUUAUAUCAAAACUGUAUAAUUAUUGUGAUUGUCUUAGAAUAAAAUUCUUUGGAAAACGCUGACUGCUUUCCAAACAUUUAUCA